GCGGCGCCGCUUCCGCGGCAGGCGCGCGGCGGCCGGCGGCGCGACGGCGACGGCGCCCUCCUCCGAGAAGCCCGACUGCCGAGAAGCCGCGAGGUCCGCGCGCGCCGAGUCCCCGGGAGCCUCGUCGUCGGACGAGAACUCCGCGCCGGCGAACUCGUCUCCACCAGCAAAGUCGUCGACCACAACAGCGGCGCCGCGCAGCCCGCGCCGCCGCCGCCGUAUCAUGCCGACGUCGAACGGCGCGCGGACCUCGCGGACGUGCGCCACGCAGCGGAACGCGUUCGUGGAAACGGGCGCCGCCGACGCCGGGCGGCAGCCUCUACAAAAACCCCGCGGGCAGCGCACGCAGCGCACGGCGUCGCCGUCCCGGUCGUCGAGCACGCGCCCGCACGCGCCGCACGCGUGCGCGCCGCACGUCCAGUCUUCAUUACUUGGUUUGCAUUUUGUGCAGAGGACGCGCGCGCAGCCCGGCGCGGCGCACUUUAUGGUCUCCUCGACGGGCUGGUAGACCUGGCAGGACGCGCAUCUAGCUGCAUUGACGGCGCACGGGGCGCACGUCCAUCUUAUUUGAUCGGCGGCCGCGCCGACGCAGGCCGCGUGGAAGUCAUUAUGGCACCUUGUACAGCGGACGCUUGCCUCGCCGACGCAGGAGACCUCGCACUCGGGGCAGAUGCCGGCGACCAUGACGCGGCGAUUUGCGCGCGGCGGCGACGCGCUACGGCUGUCUGCCCCCUGUUAGAGGGUGCUUGCAAAUUCCUGCGGCUGGCGUCUGCGAGCGCAAGGAAUGGCCUCUGUAGACAAGUUGUGGCGUUGCGCUUCGUCUGCGCUCGCUCACGCGAGCGAUCUGGCUUGACGCGCGGCGCGGCGCGGAGAUGCCCCGGCUGGGAUGCCUAG